UCGAGAUUUCUUUUUAAAAGGGUCAUUGUAAAGUCACUCGAUCUGUGUUAAAAAUAGAAAAACAAUGCAGCUUUUAGAAUAAAAAAUUUUCAAUUCGACACAUAAAUUCUUGCAAGAAAAGAAAUGAUAUACUCACAGCGAUCGAUUGUUGAGGUAUUUAAAACCCAAAGUAAUCCUCGAGCCAUCAGAAUUAUUUUCACAUUGUCGGGCUAAAUUGAAUGUCAAACUUUGGUUAGGUUCACGUUAUAUAGUUCGUAUGCAUGGUAUGCAGUACACACUUGGCGUAAUAGUUGGAAAUAAUUAUUGAUAACAUGGCCUUUAAGAGGAAUUUAAUGCAUUUCGUGCGUAAUAGAAAAGAGCCGCGUAUAAUAUCAUCAUCCAAGCUCAGUAUACCGGAGACAAAUUUCAACACUGACUUAUUGUGCGAUUCAAAGAAUCGUGAAGCUAUUGCAAUGAAUAUAAAAUGUAGAAAGGGUAUUGGUGAUGUGGAUAAAAUUUUGCAACUCUCCACGAAUAAUUCCACAGUUGACAAAAUGGAAAGAACAAUUGAGUUGGCUAAAGAGCUCAAUAAAAUACCAAAUUUUACAUUUCCAAAGGUAUUGGAGUAUGGAAACGAAGGCAAAAUUAUAAAAGAAUGUACAAAGUAUUCGACAAGGCAUGAUUUCAAACAAAAAACAUUUAUUGAAUUGGCAAAAUCAUUGAAAUUAUUACGAAUGGAAGAUUUGGGCCCAAUAGCUGGAGAUAAAAGUUACAUAUUAUUGGGAGAUGUUGCUCAAUUGGAGGAAGCUUUGAUUCAAUACAGCAUUCGCAGACUUAUGCAUAAUGGUUUUAAAUUAAUAUCAGUGCCAGAUGUAUUACCAACACAAGUCAUUGAAAAAUGUGGCAUGAUUGUGGAUGGUGAACGAACUCUUAUUUAUUCACUCGAUGACUUGUAUGGAGAUGAUCUCAGUUUGUCGGGAACAGCUGAAAUGGCCUUGGCAACAAAACUCAUCAAUUCAAAUAUUGACUUUGAAAACAACUUACCCCUCAAAUUGGCGGCAGUUAGCCGCUGCUUCAGAGCCGAAAUAUCAAAUUCUGCUGAAGAACAGGGAAUUUAUAGGGUUCAUCAAUUUACCAAAGUGGAGAUGUUUGCCUGCACAAAAGAAUGUGAAUCAGAUAAUAUUUUCAAAGAGCUGACUGAAAUUCAGGAACGACUGUUCACAGAAUUGGAAUUGCCUUUCAAAAUAAUAGACAUGCCAUCUCACGAUUUGGGCGCUCCAGCCUAUAGAAAAUUCGAUAUUGAAGGCUGGUUACCAGGCCGGGAAGCUUUUGGUGAAUUAUCGAGUUGCAGUAACUGUACGGAUUAUCAAUCAAGGAGACUUAAUAUUAAAUAUAGAACUGUAAAUGGUGAAUCUAAAUAUGUUCAUACGUUGAAUGGAACAGCGUGCGCUAUACCUCGUACUAUAAUUGCCAUUUGUGAAAAUUUUCAAACUAAAGAUGGUAAGAUACAAAUUCCCGAGAAACUUGUACCCUUUAUGAAUGGAAAAAAUGUUAUUGAGAAGCAAAAGAUUGCUGAUAUGAGAGAUUAUAAAUAUAAAUGCAACUAGUAAUAAAAAAUUGAAUUGUUGCCAAUGAAAAUAAUGACUCAAAGAAACACACAUUGAGUGAGCGCAUUUUAAACAGUUUAUAUCUGUAUAUAUUUUGUAGCCGAGUUUAUAAAAGUAUAGCACAAAAUA